AUGACAAGCUUAAUGCAUAUGGUCGGAAGAAGAAAAUUCUCUACUGGCCUACCGUCUAUUUUCAAGCUCCAUCGGAUGGAUGCUUAUAGGGGUAUACAAGUAUGGAAGAGUUUAGUACAAACGAACACCAACAGACUCAUUACACGCCAGUAUUCAAGACUAGAUACAAAUAGAAAUGAGCAACAGUCAAGUUCAAUAAUACCAGAGGAGAGAUAUAAAAAUGAAAUUGCUGCAUUUGAGCGUGGCAAACGAAGAUUAGCUCUAAUGAUGGAAAAAGAUCCGGAAACGUUUACCGAUCAAGAUAUUGAGGAAGCCUUAGCUUAUUUACUACCUUCCAGCCUUUUUGCAAAAGAUGCAAGACCUAUUAUGAAGCAUCCCCUUGAAUUACUGCCGAAAAUACAAGAAAAAAAAAUAGAUAAGGAUGGCCGACCUUUUGCUGCUGGAUAUUACACCGGAUUUCCAGCAUUUUAUAACACCAUUCAUGUAAUAUUUUUUAUUCGAUUUAAAGCCAUCAAGUAUUGCUUACAAGUACAAUUUGGUAACGAAAUAGGGGAACGUGAAGAGUUACUGAUGUCCCUAAGCUUAGGAAAGGAAGUUGAUAGACUAGCUGAUGAAGUCACGCAAGAUUUAGCUCCUGCUGAUUUUAGUCAAGAUAACACCAAUCUGUCUUUUAGAUGGUUAAGUAGCGAUCAGAUGAAGGAUAUAUUGCAGGAAGAUAUUACGGAUAGACAGUAUGAUUAUUUAAUCGCUCGCCUGGAAAGACUGCAGCAGUUCCCUAAUUCCAACCGUGUUAAAGAUUUUAUGGACAAGUAUCGGAAAAACGUUGAACUUAGAAGUACUAAAGUUAAGAUACGGCCGCUAAGUGUUGCGGGAGUUUCUUACAACAAAGGAAAAAGAAAAACUGCUGUUGCUAACAUUCAAAUACAAGAAGGAACUGGCAACGUUACGAUUAAUGAUAAAAGUCUUGUGGAAUAUUUUCAACAACUGUUACAUAGGGAGCAAGUUUUAUAUCCUCUAUUGGUCUUAAAUCUUACCCAUGCAUUCGAUAUAACAUGCUCAGUACGCGGAGGUGGGCUUUCUGGUCAAGCAGGCGCUAUCAGACUGGGAAUUGCACGAGCUUUAUUAAGUUUUAAUGAAGCGUAUAAGGAAACCCUGGAUGAGUGUAAGUUUGGUGAUAAGUUUUGGAUAAUUUUAGAUACAGACGAACUACUGCAUCGAGAUCCAAGAAUUGUUGAGAGAAAAAAACCUGGACAGAAAAAAGCUAGAAGAAAAUUUGCAUGGGUCAAACGAUAA